AUGCCACUUGCUUCCACCCUUAACAAAAUCCGACCAACUGAGCACAGGAAUGGCAAGGUACUUCGAUCACAGAAAGCUUUGCAACACACUAACAGCACACAGGGCCCAGCAUCUCAACUGCGAGAGCUUCUUAAACUAGACAAUAAUGAUCCCAAUCAUAUCCGGGAUAUCUAUAAUGACAUCAAAAGGAUCGGAGAAAAGUAUUUGAAGAUAGAGCUUUGUCCCGCUGUUCAAGCGGAGAAAUUAAUAUUCGUCCGUAAAGAGGUCUGUACAUAUUUCAUGUUUCAGGUGUACAGUCCUUUGAUCGCUUGCUUCCAACAGCUUGUCGAAAAAUAUCCAAAUACAUUUAACAAGCAAGAUUCUGAGAUACGGUUGUGUCUCGCGGAGCCAGCUCAUGAAACUCUACAGAAAUUAUCUGGCUUGAGGAGAGGAACGACCGUGGAUAGAAAACCUAUCCUGCAAGAAACCGUUUCAUUCUCUUCGUCAUCGAAAAACCCAACAAACUCCAAUGGGUACCGCGAUUAUAUCGUUCCAACCAGGUUCAGCAACGAGCCUGGGCCGUCAACAGAAACCGAUACCGCAGGAGGGAUACCGUCGUCACCCCAAACACUCUGGACAACACCCUCCAGAAGGUCGAAUAAUGCCAGCCGCAGUUCCAUUGGUUCCAUGCCAUGCACACCAUCCUCAUCCCAUGGAGGCGAUGCCAUUUAUCACUUUCUCGACUCAUGCUUACCUUCCAUGGCCCAUCUUUGGGAGGAUUUCGACGCUUAUGGGCUUAACGAUGAACAGAUGCUCCUGGCUGUUUCAAGUUGGACACCAGAGCAUAUCAACUCGUUUUUACACCGAUUCGCGAAUAAAUGCCGGAAGCCUGUUUCCGAGAUGGAUAUUGAAAUGUUGCAAGUCCAUUUCCUAAGUUAUUUCAAGGGGGGGUAG